AUGUACAGGCUACAGGACAUUAGUCGCCUACUCCUGGCCGCCGGAGGAACCCCUUCAAGGGAUGGUAAAACCACACAUUUCACCUACGAAAAGGACGGCUCCGUUCGCAUGCAGACGUGGACUGGAUCCGAACUUAUUGAUGAUGAGUUAAUCGCCGAUGGGGUCAGGUCAGGCACAUCAGCACCAGUUGUUAACCGCAGUCAUAAGAAAGUCUUUGCCGUUCAUCAGGACGACUCGAUCAAGUGCUUCACAAAUCCUCUUCGAGACGAUGAACAAGUCGAAGAAGACGAGAUAGACGAUGAUGCCCCUUGGAACGAAGAAAAGAUUACUGACGUGGAUACUCGAGUCCACCCACGAAGUCAGCUUGCAGUUUCUUAUGACAAGAACACAGUCUUUAUCUUUUACCAGAAGCCAGACGGUAAUCUCGGUUGCAUCAAUGAGUACGGAAACAAGUGGAAAGCCGUCAAAUUGCCAGCUGUUGCUGCACUUGACGGAACUCCACUAGCCACUUGCAACACCAACUACGCGGUGUUUUUGUUCUAUAUCAGCACUGAUGGGAGUGUUCGCUAUCUGGAGAAUAGAGAAGGCAGAUGGAAUGACGUAUUCUUCUCAGCCGCCAAGAUUGUCGAUCCAGAGGCAGAUAUACCCGGCUCAGCCUUUAAGCUGACUGUUGCCGAAGAUAGACAACCGUUUGAACGCAUUAGACCAAUGGUCUUUUGUCUUGACCAAAAUCCUGACAAUAACAUUCUCUCUAUAAUUAAGUUUCGCAGCAAGAGAUUGGAAGCUAUAGGGAAAGUAGAAGGUACAGAGUUGGUACCCUCUCUUGGUGAAAUGGAACGUAACAGGUACUAUUUCUGGAGCCCGUACCCAUUUUACACAAUGAUCAAGCGAAGGGGCAAGAACUAUGCUCCAGCUACCAUAUCGAAAGGGCUUUGGGGUAAGCGCUCAUCUUCUCAGCAAGAGCAUGGUAAUUCAAGCGCGAUGAAGAGUCUUAAUGGACUCCAAGAGCCCUUUAUCGACAACUGCAGCACUCCAAUGGGGAACAACAACAAGACUCAAGCUACUGUGGGCCUUGAGACCACCCCUGCCCAAGCUAUCAUCUCGCCACAGACAUCAGAACAGAUGGAGAUUUCAAACGGCACGUCUUUACAGAGCUCUGUUUUCCUUGGCAGAAUUGGGCUUGCAGAGCCUUGGAAUGCCAUACGGCGGACAUUCUUGGGCAGCGGGCGCAAUCAGAACACAGUUCAAGGGGAUGCUUUGAGAAAUAUCGAAUCCGAGAAUGCCGAGAUCGCAGUCACUUUGCCAGAGACAAAUGAAUUCACAAUGGACGGGGCGGAGGAAGACGCGAUUGAGUCAAAUUAUGCGGAAUCAAGCAGAUCCGAAACCGAAGAAACUGGGCCAAAAGAGACCGGAUUUGAGAAGCCUACCACUGACGAGUACGGCAUGAAUGAAGCCGAAGCGGAUAAAGCUUUGGUUAGAGAAGAUCGACCAGAAGAAGCUGAUUCGGAAGGCACAGCAGGAGAAUCUGGCUCGGAGGGAACUGAUUCUGAAGCAGCCGAAACAGCUCCUUCUGAAAUUGAAGAAGGAGAAAACGAAGACAUUCAAUCCCAAAAAGGCCAGGCCAAGGAAGCACAGGCUGAAGAGCAUCAAACCCUUGAAGGUCAACUCGAGGAAACUCAAACAGAAGAAUUUGAAGACGAAGAGUUUGAAAAUGAAGAGUCUGAAGACGAAGAGUCUGAGGAAGAAGAGCUUGAAAACGAAAAGAAAAGUCAAAAGCCUCAAAGCAAGGAAUCUCAUGUCAAAGAGCCUCAAACCACGGAACCUCAAACCACGGAACCUCAAACCACGGAACCUCAAACCACGGAACCUCAAACCACGGAACCUCAAACCACGGAACCUCAAACCACGGAACCUCAAACCACGGAACCUCAAACCACGGAACUUCAAAUCAAGGAAUACGAAACCGAGAACCCUCAAACCGAGAAACUUCGAACUGAGGAAGUUGAAAGCCAAGAGGUUGAAAAUAAAGAGGUUGAAAAUAAAGAGGCUCAGAACAAAGAGGUUCAGAUCAACCGAGUCCAGCCCGGCAAAUCUCAAGCAAAAAAUGUUCAAUCCGAAGAGCCUCAAAUCCAGAAUCCUCGGACUGAUGAUGCUCGCAUAAACGACAUUCAACCAGAAGAAUAUGAAGCCAAGGUAACUAAAACCGAAGAAGCCAAGGGGCAAGAGCCUAAGAACGUCGAAGGGAAAGAACUCGGGUCAGAGUCCGCAUCACACAAAGCGAAAGUGCCUACUACAAGCACAUCUACUACGGAAUCUAUUGAAAGCCCACCUGCAAUGAGACCAUAUGUCACAGAAGGGGAUAGUCAAGAGGCUAUUACUGAAAAAACUGGUCCCGAAAGCUCUGAUCUCAAUGAGUCUAACCGCACCGAGAUACCAACUAUUGAUAAGGGAAAAGGUUCUGCUACAACCGAUAUGCCCAUCUCGACGGAGUCAAGGUUCAACACACCGCAAGAUAUUGAAAAAGACUUGAAUGAUCACAUCAAGAAAAACGGUCUUAGCCCGUUCUUCUCAGAAAACCCUGACUAUAUACCUACUAUGGCUGGCAACGCAUUUGACUUCAAAAACAAUAAAGACAAUCUACUUAUUCGAGAUGUGGAUAUUCAAGGCAUUACAAGACUUAGCCUCUAUCAGCCAGUGCUCUACUGCGACGAUAGCACUUCUAUGAAAGCUAGCAGCCGAGUGAAAUCUCGAGAGGCACGCACCCGGGUUGACGACCAGAUAGAAAUGGUUCGUCGAGUCACUCGAGUUUCUACUUACGUGGUACCGCCGGGCCAUGGAUCUAGCGUACAAUUCAUCAAUUUUAACCGCGAUAUACAUGACAAUAAACUAAGCCAGCAACAAGUCGAGGCUGUUAUGAAUUCGGUGACUCCAAGUGGUCAUACGCCGAUCGGCACCAAUCUGAAAGAAAAAAUUCUAAAGCCCUUGGUAUACGACGUUAUAAAGAAAAAUAAGAGACUUGAGCGACCUAUUCUUGUUUCUUGUAUUACAGAUGGAUGCCCCAGCGACGAACCCGCGGGAAAACUCAAGAAGGAGAUCCUAAAAUGCACUCGAUUCCUUCGAGAAAACGGCUAUCCACCCUCAACUAUUCGAUUCCAAAUCAGCCAAAUUGGCAACUCCUCCAGAGCUGAUAAAUUCCUCAAAGAACUCAAAGACGAUAAGGAACUUAAAGAAGUGCUCUAUUGCACGGCGCAGCGCCUUGAUGAUCAAUUUGAAACCUUCAGGCAUAAUGAACUGAUGCUUGAACGUUGGCUACUGCGCACACUCUUGGAGCCAAUAAUGGGUGAAGAUAUCAACAACUUGAAUUUGUGA